AUGUCAGCAUCGCCCAAGUACGGGAUUCUUUCCGUGGUUAGAGGCCUCUGGUCUUCUCAGCUUCAGCUGCCCAUGAAGUUGCAAAAUGUUUUUCUGGUUCUUGCCAGUCUUUGCCUCGGAGUCCAAGCAGCCUUUGACUGCAAAUGCAAGACCGAUGCCAAAACCACGUCAUGUUGUAAUGCCGAAAAGUUCAUCUCGUCCACGCAAGGAGACAAGAAACUGAUGUGCUAUGUCAACAACCUCCUUGCUCCUAUCCCUGCUAGCUUCCCGUUCAAAACAUGCUGCGGCACAGAUUUCGAGUUAUGUCGCUAG